AUGGAGGAGACGUACCUGCUCAACCAUCCAGGAGUCAAGAAGAAGAUUCUGGCAGGAGGAAAGGGACCGCUGCCACACUUUCCACCUGGGGCAAAGCUGGUUUUCCAUUUCCAGACACUGCUGGACGACUUUGAACGAACUGUAAUUGAUGACAGUCGAUUGGCAUGCAGGCCAGCAGAGAUCUUUGUGGGAAAGAUGUUCAAGAUGGAAGUCUGGGAGACCCUGCUGAUGUCCAUGAGGAUCGGCGAGGUGUCUGAGUUCUGGUGUGAUGCCGUUCACACAGGUCUAUACCCCAUCGUUUCCAAGGGAAUGAGGCUGAUCGCUCAAGGGAAAGACCCUCUCGAGGGCCAGAGACACAUGUGCGGCAUGGGAAACAUGUUUCACUAUCACACCACUGGUUUCCCAGAGCUGGAUGAGCUAAUGAGAACUCCACAACCGCUUAUAUUUAUCAUGGAGCUGUUACAGGUGGGAGACAGCAUGUCCUACUACAGAGAGUCGUGGAUGAUGGACAAGGAUGAGAAGCUGCAGGCCGUGCCAAGUCUCCACAUGCAGGGCAAUGCGCUGGUCACUCAGAGACAAUUCAGAGAGGCUGCCAGCAAGUACAAAGAGGCCGUCCUGCUGCUCAAAACAAUCCAGUCGAGAGAGAUGCCAGGUGAUGUGGACUACAUUAAUAUAGGUCGAAUGAUCAUCCCCCUGGAGUUGAACUACUGCCAGUGUAUGUUGGAGCUGGAGGAGUAUUAUGAAGUUAUUGAGCACACCACUGAACUGUUGGAGAAACACAAAGACUGUGUGAAGGGCUACUACAAGAGAGCAAAGGCUCACGCUGCCGUGUGGAAUGAAAAGGAAGCCCGGAGAGACUUCCACAUGGUGUCCCACCUGGACGUCACUCUGGCCUCUCUUGUCCACCGAGAGCUGAAGGCCCUGUCAGAACGCAUGAAGGAGAAGUAUUGGGAGGAGAAGGAGACAUACUGGAACAUGCUGGAGAAAACGGAGAACAAAAAGGAAGACGAGGAAGAGAGAGAGCGUAAUGAGGAGGACGAAGAGGUGGAGGACGAAGGAAAACAAAAAGACAGUGAAAGCGUCAACAUCGAGGGCAAAGACCAAGUGGAGGAAGAAAAAGAAGGAUCUCCAUCAGAAUGUACAGAGGUCCAUAACAAGGAGCUCAGGGGAAAUAAGAUCACACUCACUGAGGGCACAGGAGACAAAGAGGAAGCAAACACCUCUGAGGCUACCUCCAAUGUAACAGACGGGAAGGACUGGCAGCAGAUGUUAAGAUUGGUCAUGUUGCUGCAAAAAGAAGGAAACUUCCUCAUUAAGGAAAAAACAUUUGAAGAGGCGUCUGUAAAACUAAAGGAGGCAUUAGAAUAUGUGGACUUCCUUCAGAAUAAGGUGGAUCGACAGAGUGAAGACUGGGAGUUACUGGAGAACGUGCGCCUUCCGCUGACUCUCAACCUCAGCCAGUGCAUGCUGGAGCUCAAACGUUACCAGCAGGUGGUGGAGCUCAACACCAAGCUGCUGAAGACACAUAAAGGUAACUUUAAGGCGGUGUACCAGAGAGCACGAGCACAUGCCGCUUUGUGCAACGAGCGUGAAGCGAGGCGGGACUUUGAAAUGGUGGAGAAAUUAGACCCACAGUUUAAAUCUUUCGUGCGACAGGAACUAAAAAAGAUGGGCGAGAGCUUACGCACCAUGCAUGCCCGCCAGAAAAAGACUUACUGGGAUACGACGCAGGAGAAGUGGGGGCCUGGUGGCAGCAAGACAAAGAGUGCUGCAAGAAAGAAGAAAGAUCCAACUUCACAGAAAGCCCCUGAAGAAAAAACUGAAGCUGACAAGAAGACAGAAAACAGAGAAAUAGAAGACAAGGAAAGCACAGAGAAACCUGCCCCUGCUGAGACGAAGGCAGGAGAUGACGCAGAGGCAGAGAAAAAUCCAGAUGCAAAAGCAGAGCAGAGUAAUGAAGAGCCGGGCCCAGAGAGCGGGAGAGCGAGUGGAGAGGGGUUAGAUAAUAAAAAUAUAGAGAGGGUCAUGGUACACGAGGACAGGCAAGGUGCACCGGAUCACCGAGCAGCAGAGGAAGAUAGUGAUCCCGAGGCCAGCGGCACAGGCGGAGAUAAUGUAGUGAGCAAGAGAUCAGCACUCGAUAAGGGCAGGAAGAAGGUCAAAUGCCAAUCAAGUGCUGCAAUAGGCCCGAGCAGAACAAGCCAGGGGAACAAAGGCAGCAGUGAUGAGGCAGGAAGUGGUGACACUCAAUCAGAGUAGACCAACAGGCUGGAAAUGUCUCGUGCAGGGCCAAAGGAACUCGUGGAAGCUGUGUGCAGAAAGGAUUUGACCUAAAUCAGGGGGGAGGGGGGCAGGAAUAUAAUUACAAAAAGUGAGAGAAAGACAAGUGAUAAACAGCCAAAGCCCCAAGUCUCAACUGGAAAUAUUGAUUCUGCCACACACAGAGCCGAAUAUAAACACAAGAAGAAAAAUUAAUGUAAACAUAAACCCGCAUUAGGUUUCAUUAUUCAGUUCUCG